UGACACUGCCAUAUUGGAUGGAACUGGCUCCGGGCUCUCUGGCGGUCGGACUUCCCAGGAAAGUUUUUGCCAUUUUCCCUCUUCGCCCUCUCGCUGCAGUUUUGACCUUAUUUUAAAGAGAGGCGGUCUUAUCGCAGUCAUAAACGGGGGUACAUUUGUUGGCACCCCAGUUUUGAGGAACCCCGGGAUACACUGAUCCGGUGUGAGGAGGUCGGAGGAAGGCCACGGAUGACCAAGGGAUUGUUUAUGUAUCUUUCUGGAUCACAUCAAACGAGUUACAGUCGGUGCAUACUUUAUAAAUUGACCAAUUAUGAGUGGACAUCCGCCACCACGGCGGAUAGUAAACAGCGGCUCCUUACUACUGACACCGCAGGAAAAUGAAGCCCUUUUCAACCUCCUCGGCAGGAAAUGCAUCUCGCUGGCUUCAGCAGUGGUCCAGGUGUUUACAGCAGACAGGAACUCCAGCUGGAACAAGAGAUGCUGCGGUGUGGCCUGUCUGGUCAAAGACAACCCCCUACGAUCCUACUUCAUCAGGGUCUUUGACAUCAAGGACGGUAAGGUGACAUUUGAACAGGAGCUCUACAACAACUUCAGCAUCUACCUCUCCAAACCGUACUUCAUCACAUUUCCUGGAGAUACAUGCCAAGUGGGUCUCAACUUUGCCAACGAGGAGGAGUCGAAGCGUUUCCGCGCCCAAGUUCAUGAGCUAAUGGGCAGACGACAGAGGAAAACUGAGAAGAGACGCGACCCUCCAAAUGGCCCGACGUUGCCCAUGGCCACAGUCGACAUCAAAAACCCAGAGAUCAGCAACGUGCAGCGUUACCAUAACAACUCUCAGGUGAACAACAUUGUGCACUCCUCCUUCGCCAAAAGGGAGAAAAAGGCUAAAGGGAAGAAGAAGAAGCUGACCAAGGCAGACAUCGGCACGCCCAGCAACUUCCAGCACAUUGGACAUGUAGGCUGGGAUCCAAACACAGGCUUUGAUUUGAAUAAUUUGGACCCAGAGCUGAAGAACUUGUUCGACAUGUGCGGCAUCUCUGAGGCUCAGCUGAAGGACAAAGAGACCUCCAAGGUCAUCUACGACUUCAUUGAGAAGAAAGGAGGUGUAGAAGCUGUCAAAAAUGAGCUCCGGAGACAAGCUCCUCCACCCCCUCCAUCCAGAGGCGGCCCUCCUCCCCCACCACCACACCACGGCUCAGCCCCACCUCCUCCUCCUCCUCCUCCAGCCCGGGGGAGAGGCGCCCCUCCGCCUCCUCCACCCUCAAGAGCGCCCAUCUCGGCGCCCCCUCCUCCCCCUCCGUCCCGACCAGGCAUGUCCGGUCCGCCGCCGCCUCCCCCGCCCAGCCGUGGCUCCCUCCCGCCUCCCCCUCCACCGGCACAUGCUUCGAUUCCUGCGGCGCCUCCCCCUCCACCGCCUCCCCCCUCAUUUUCGAUGUCAUCCAGUGGAGGUGCCCCGCCUCCUCCCCCUCCUCCGCCACCGCCUCCUGGCCCUCCACCUCCGGCUCCUCCAACAGAGUCUAACGGAGGGGAGAGUGGCGGGCCCGGGAAGAAUGCGCUGUUAAGCCAGAUCAGAGAGGGUACCCAACUGAAGAAGGUGGAGCAGAAGGAGAGGCCGGUGUCCAGCAUUGGCAGAGACGCACUUCUGGACCAAAUCCGACUAGGAAUCCAACUGAAACCUAGGGGAGAAAACCCAGACUCAGCCCCUGCCGCCCCUGCCCCAUCGGCAGGCAUCGUUGGCGCUCUGAUGGAGGUGAUGCAGAAAAGGAGCAAGGCUAUUCACUCCUCAGAUGAGGAUGAUGAAGAUGAUGAGGAUGAAGACUUUGAGGACGAUGAUGAAUGGGAGGACUAGCUAUGUUUCCUAGCUCCCUUACCUCAACCCCGGGAUGAUCAUGACACUAAAAACCGUUCAUGUCUUUUAAAAAAAGAAAUCUUUAAUUUCACUCGUAGAAAUGUAAAUGUUCUAUCAAGUUGCUGUAUAUUUUUGUUGCCUUUAUGCUUUUUUUUUUUUUUUUUUAUUAUUAUUAUUAAUCUGUGCAAUACCUCAUUUAAUCUGUAAAUGUUUGUCAUUCUCAUAUCUUAGGUUGUUGUUUCUCAGUCCUCGUCAUGUCUGUCUCCGUCAGCUCCAUCUUUUGUCUCUUUAUAGCAAUAUUUCACAUAUCUGGUUUAAACUUUUGUUGGGAUUUAUCCAUCUCUCUAUGCAUCUCUUCCUCCUCCCACGUCCCCCAAACUUUUUCACCUCCAUCUGUCACUCGGACAUCGUUCCUAUAUGUGCCGCCCUCCUAUCAGCCCAUCACACAUUUUUUUCCCUCGCUGUCACUCCCCCAUGUUUCCACUUCCAAGAUUAACAUGUGCAAUUUAACAUCAAGCUGUUUCUUAAACCGUAGAGUUGAAUGUUUUCUUCUUUUCUUUUGGUCAGUCGUCGAAGGAGAAGGCUUACUAAAUAAGUUGCCAUGAAUCCUUCAUCAAUCAUGUGUCAUCAUUGUUUGUCAGGAGAAGAAAAAGAACUAUUUUCAUACCCUAUUGCUCUGUAGUUUAUUUUUACGUAUUAAAUGAUCCUAGCUUAGAACUCAUAUUUUCUUAAAACAAAGAGAAAAAAAAAUGGAAAAGGCUCUUUUUGGAAAUGUUAGCUUCAUUUGCUGUCGACUGUAAAUUAGCUCCAGAUUUUGAGUCUUGUUAUAUUUUUGCACAGAAAGAGGAGACUCGCUGCAUGGAUACAGGACAUUUUGGGGUCUGUAUUAUAAUGACAUAUACAUUUUACGCUUUAAAUAAGGAGGAAAACACUUGGUUAGUCAGCAUAUUAAGCCGCUUUAUCCUUUAAUCCAUAACACUACGUACAGUACACACAUGGAGGUAGCCCACUGAUGGCUAUCUGUUUGGCAUUUUAGUUCUUUAUUUAGUCACUGUCACACUACAGAUUCAGUUGAAAAUUGUAUUUUUCCUUUUCUGUCUUUCUUUUUUUUUUUCUACAGUAGCAAACAUUAAUGAAUGCCUGUUUGUUGGAACCAGGUCAUUGAUCAUGUAAAGCUUAAGGAAUAAAGAUAUUUUAGUUUUACCCA